AUGGCAGAGCAAAAUCACUCCUUGACAACUGAGUUUAUCCUCAUGGGAUUUAUGGAUCACCCAGAUCUGAAGACUCUUCUGUUUGUGGUGUUCUUUGCCAUCUAUCUCAUCACCAUGGUGGGGAAUCUUGGUUUGGUGGUGUUGAUUUUCAUGGAGCGCCGUCUCCAUACACCAAUGUACAUCUUCCUGGCCAACCUGGCUUUGAUGGAUUCCUGCUGUUCUUGUUCCAUUACCCCCAAAAUGUUACAGAACUUCUUUUCUAAGGACAGAAUGAUUUCCCUCUAUGAAUGCAUGGCACAAUUUUAUUUCCUCUGUCUUGCUGAAACUGCAGACUGCUUUCUCCUGGCAUCAAUGGCCUAUGAUCGCUAUGUGGCAAUAUGCCGUCCACUGCAGUAUCACACCAUGAUGUCGAAGCAACUCUGCAUUCAAAUGACCAUAGGGGCCUACAUAGUUGGGAACCUGCAUCCCAUGAUUCACGUAGUACUACUAUUGAGGCUAACCUUCUGUGGAUCUCAUCAAAUCAAUCACUUCUUCUGUGAUGUUCUUCCACUAUACAGACUCUCCUGUGUUGAUCCUUAUAUCAAUGAAUUGAUGAUAUUUAUCUUCUCAGGGUCAGUUCAAGUUUCCACUAUUACCACAGUCCUAAUCUCUUAUAUUUGCAUUAUUUACACAAUUUUCCAAAUGAAAUCCAAAGAGGGAAGAAUGAAAGCCUUAUCUACUUGUGCAUCUCACUUUCUUUCUAUUUCAAUAUUUUAUGGUUCCCUUCUUUCCAUGUAUAUUAGGCCAAGCUCAGUUCAAGAAGCAGAUAAAGACAUACCAAUUGCUAUUUUUUAUACUCUAGUAAUUCCUUUAUUAAACCCUUUCAUCUAUAGCCUAAGAAAUAAGGAAAUAAUAAAUGCUAUGAAAAGAAUUAUGAAGAGAAAAUCUCAUAACAUUCUGAAACAAAUAUCCCCUGCGACAAAUUGA